AUGGUGAACAAGUGUGCUGCCUAUGGUUGCAAAAGUGGAUACAAAUCAAAUGCUGCGAUAGAUGCUGAAAACAAAGUGUCUUUUCAUUCCUACCCAGUCAAUGAUCCUGAACUUUGUGCAAAUGAUCAGAUAAUAAAUUUGAGUUUAGAAGAAAUUCUAGAUCGUUUAAAAAAGGAAACAUCUGCUCCAAGUGGAUACCAAUAUCAAAUCUUCGAAAACAGUUUGGUAUUGUAUGAAAUACAUUUUGACAACUGUUGCCCUCAUAUCAAAUCAUCUAUCACCAUAGAUGAACAAAAAAAUAUAUCCCUGUUUAACAAAGGUCGAGAAGUUUCAAAAUCAUUUGUUGAAGGCAUCAUCAACAAAAAAGUUGACACCAUGAAUCAGCUAUUGAUUGUGAUGGCUAGACUUAAAAAUUUGCAAACUGAUCAUGCGAAAGUAACUUUUGAUGAAGCCAAAGCUGCAGCUAAACAACAAUUAAAAUGUUGCUUGGAUUCUGUUGAUGACAAAUUGUCAAUCAAAGAAAUUGAUGAUUUCAUUGAUGUGGGCAUCGUUGAAGAUACUAGUAUAUUUGAAGCAGCUAAUGAAAUCGUCCAACAACUUCAAUCCACAGCCUCAUUUGCCUUCAGCGAUCCAGCAGAUGGUGAAGCAUGCACAAUAUAUUACAUGUCAGGAGCAGUCGCUCACAGUGUGCUUCAUACUACACGAUGUGAUUACUGCAAGGAAAUAUUAGUUGAUGAUGAAUCCAUCUGUGUAGAUGUCCACCAUUUAAAAGAGCAAGUGGGUGGGUUUGAUGGUGCAUGUGCAGCUGUUUUAUGGUCCCUCAUCCUCCCCCUUGUUACUGCAAUGUUGUCUCGUCAAUGCAAUUAA